AUGGAUGAGCCUUUCCACAUCCCGCAGGCUCAGGCAUACUGUCACGGCGAAUUCUCAACAUGGGAUCCGAAAAUUACCACUCCACCUGGACUGUAUGUCCUCUCGUGGAUCCUGAAACGCCUCUUUCUGUUCAAGUGCAACGUCAACAUGCUUCGACUGACACCCCUCCUGACGCUGCUUGCACUUCCGCUGGCCUUGACUCGCCUGUUGUGCUACCAUAAACGCGAGCGGCCUCCGGCUUCGAUCACCUCGCCUCUCGUCGAGGCCAUCAUCCUUUCCGCGUUCCCGAUCGCAUGGUUCUUUGGAUUCUUGUAUUAUACGGAGGUGCCGAGUGUCACGCUAGUGGUUUGGACGGUCGUGGCUGCUUCAGAGGGAAAGCACUGGCUCGCAGCUUUGCUAGGUUUGUUAAGUUGUACUUUCCGGCAGACGAACAUCGUCUGGGUGCUGUAUGCUUAUGCCUCGAGCCAGCUCGUGUUUUUGCGCUUCAGACGUGCUCCUGCAGGGCAGCCAGCUCCAGCUAAACUUCACGAUCCUCCGAGCCUCGUCGCUGGCCCCGGUGACCUGUUACGAUCGAUAAUAAGCUUUCCGAAAGUCCUUCCGGACAUACUUCCUGCUUUCGUGCCCUACACGUUGGUUGUUGCAGCUUUCGGCGCCUUUGUGGUGUGGAACGGAGGGGUAGUUCUUGGCGACAAGUCCAAUCAUAUACCCGCGCUUCAUAUACCCCAAUUGUAUUACUUCGUUGCAGCCGCAACGUUCUUCGGGUGGCCAGUUUUGCUAUUCGGAAAAGAGGGACCAGAUGUCCUUCUUCGGGAAGUACGAAGCCGGAUGUUUGGCAAUAAGACGCGUACAUCCAUCACACUCGCCGUUUGUGGUAUCAUGGGGAUGACUGUGAAGCUUUUCACCAUCCAUCACCCUUUCCUCUUGUCCGACAAUCGACACUAUACAUUUUAUGUGUGGCGCCGAAUUUACAUGUUUCAUCCCGCGGUACCCUACCUCUUGAUCCCCGUAUACCUUGCCUGUGCUUGGGCAUGGUUCUUGCGCAUCGGUCAGGAUCAGACCCUCUUGCAAAGCUUGCUUUUGCCCUUUUUCGUAGUUCCGACCCUUCUUCCUUCUCCGCUCCUAGAGCCUCGCUACUUCUUGAUUCCGUAUUUUCUGCUGCGUGCACAAGUUUCUGACGUUUCAGAGCUGGGGGUGGGGUUGGAAGGGGUAUGGUACACGCUGAUCAACGUUAUAACCAUGGGUGUCUUCCUGUAUCUGCCGCGGGAGGGGGUUGGGCGAUUUAUGUGGUAG